AUGGCUUUCUUUGGGAAAACUGAUCAAGCAACAAAGCAUUCCAAACCGCUACAGCUACCUCAGAUCAACAAUGAGAAAGUCUUGAAGAAAUUUGAGAGAACUUUGGUGGGAAGAGUGCUCAACCUGGAGAUCUCGGAGAGCCGUGUGAAGGCUAUGCUUGCUUUCCUACCGACUGUGUGGAGGUGUGAAGGCCGUGUGUAG